AUGGGUAAUGCUUGCAUAGGACCAAACAUUUCUGGAAAUGGUUUCUUGCAAACUGUUACGGCUGCAUUGUGGCGGCCACGGAUCGGAGCUGAGCAAGCUUCUUCCCAUGGCAAAGGAGAAGUCUCCAACAAUAAAGCAGCUUCAGAACCAUCACCUCCUCCUGAUGACGUCCAGAACAAACCCCCUGAGCAUGUCACUAUGCCAAACCCAAGAACCGAUCCUGAAACCGAAACCAAAGCAAAACCUGAGCCACAGAUCCAACCUGAAGCUUCCAAGAAGGAAGUUGUUAUGCAGCCGGAGACAACAAAACCAGAAUCCAAGCCGGAGACUACAAAACAAGAAAUAAGACCUGAAUCCAAGCCGGAGCCUGCUCAACCAGAAUCAAGACCUGAAUCUAAGCCGGAGACUACAAAGCCAGAAACAAAACCAGAAUCUAAGCCGGAGGAGAGUACAAAACCGGAGACAGAUUCUGAAUCUAAGCCGGAGACGAAACCAGAACCUCAGAAGCCUAAACAUAUGAGGAGAGUGUCGAGUGCAGGGCUCAGGACUGAGUCAGUCUUGCAGAGGAAAACUGAAAACUUUAAAGAGUUUUACUCACUGGGAAGGAAACUUGGACAAGGGCAGUUUGGGACGACGUUUUUAUGCCUUGAGAAAGGUACUGGGAACGAGUACGCGUGUAAGUCGAUCUCCAAGAGGAAGCUUUUGACGGAUGAGGACGUUGAAGAUGUGAGAAGAGAGAUUCAGAUAAUGCAUCACUUGGCUGGUCAUCCGAAUGUUAUAUCCAUCAAAGGAGCUUAUGAGGAUGUUGUGGCGGUGCACCUUGUGAUGGAGCUGUGUUCAGGUGGAGAGCUUUUCGAUAGGAUUAUUCAGCGUGGACAUUACACUGAGAGGAAAGCCGCUGAGCUCGCGAGAACCAUUGUUGGUGUUCUAGAGACUUGUCACUCUCUUGGCGUUAUGCAUCGAGACCUCAAGCCUGAGAAUUUUCUGUUUGUUAGUAGAGAAGAAGAUUCCCUCUUGAAAACCAUCGACUUUGGACUCUCAAUGUUCUUCAAGCCAGAUGAGGUUUUCACAGAUGUUGUUGGUAGUCCUUACUAUGUAGCUCCAGAAGUUCUUAGAAAGCGUUAUGGUCCUGAAUCAGAUGUGUGGAGUGCUGGUGUCAUUGUUUACAUUUUGUUAAGCGGAGUUCCUCCUUUCUGGGCCGAAACGGAACAAGGUAUUUUCGAACAGGUUCUUCAUGGGGAUCUUGACUUUUCAUCUGAUCCGUGGCCAAGCAUCUCUGAAAGCGCAAAAGACUUGGUGAAGAAAAUGCUUGUGCGGGACCCCAAGCGAAGACUAACCGCACAUCAAGUAUUAUGUCAUCCAUGGGUUCAAAUUGAUGGCGUGGCUCCAGAUAAACCUCUGGACUCUGCUGUUCUGAGCCGUAUGAAGCAGUUUUCUGCCAUGAAUAAGUUCAAGAAAAUGGCUCUUAGAGUCAUAGCUGAGAGCUUAUCCGAAGAAGAAAUAGCCGGUUUGAAAGAAAUGUUCAAGAUGAUUGACGCCGACAAUAGUGGUCAGAUAACUUUCGAAGAACUGAAAGCAGGACUCAAACGGGUUGGUGCCAAUCUCAAAGAGUCAGAAAUUCUUGACCUCAUGCAAGCUGCUGAUGUGGACAACAGUGGAACGAUAGAUUACAAAGAGUUCAUAGCUGCAACAUUGCAUCUAAACAAAAUAGAGAAAGAGGACCAUUUGUUCGCAGCCUUUUCCUACUUUGACAAGGACGAGAGCGGCUUUAUCACCCCGGACGAGCUUCAGCAAGCCUGUGAGGAGUUUGGUGUUGAAGAUGGACGCAUAGAAGAAAUGAUGCGCGAUGUUGAUCAAGACAAGGACGGACGAAUAGACUACAAUGAGUUUGUGGCGAUGAUGCAGAAAGGGAGCAUCAUGGGAGGACCUUUGAAGAUGGGUUUAGAGAAGAGCAUAAGCAUUUCUCUCAAACACUAG